AUGACGGGAUUUGAGGCGUUCCAGGGGACGGCCGAGCCUGAUGAGGAGAGGAAGGACCUGAAGGAGGAAGAGCAGGAGGUGUACAAUAGGGAGGACAUGGAGACGGAUGACGAGGAGAAGGAGGAGGAGGAGGAGGAGGAAGAGGAGGAGGAGGAGGAGGAGGAGGAGGAGGAGGAGGAGGAGGAGGAGGAGGAGGAGGAGGAGGAGGAGGAGGAGGAGGAGAAAUAG